ACCCUCUCUCUCUCUCUCUCUCUCUCAAAAUGGCUAAUAACCAUCGUAUGGACGCAGAAGAGGAAGCAUUGUUUCGCACUUACCCAUACGCACUCUAUUUCGUACAGAGCCCAUCAACGGUCUCUCAUUCAAACAGUGCCGAUCUCCGAACCUCCAACGAAUCCGCGUUUCACUCUCCUCUUCGAUCCGAAUCCAACACCAACCCUCUCACCACUCACCCACCCCAAGACCUCUCUCGAUUCGCGCUCUCUCGCUACUCCUCCUCUCGCGGAUCCAACAAUUCCUUCUUGCAUGAGAAAAAGAUCGCCUACGAUCUUCAGAGUCAUGGGACUACUGGGACUGAGAAUGGUGAGAACCGUCUGAUUAGUGUUCAUCAUGGGGUUGAUUGUGAUCAUGAUGGUGAUGAUGAUGAUGAUGAAGAGGAGGAGGAUGAUGAGGAGUAUUUUGGGAAAAAAGGGUGUUGGUGGUGGUGGAGGUACUUGUCUUUUCGUACAUCUUCUUCAUUGGUUUGGAUUACUUUACAGAUUAUUUGGAGGUUUUUGGUGAGUUUGGCGAUUGCUUUGGUUGUUUUCUACAUUGUUACAAAGCCUCCACCACCCAAUAUGUCUAUUAAGAUAUUGGGAAUUCGAGAAUUCGGACUAGGAGAGGGAGUGGAUGGAACUGGUGUUACAACUAAAAUAUUGACAUGCAAUUGUUCAAUGGAUCUAGUGGUAGAGAACAAGUCCAAGCUCUUCAACCUUCAUGUCCACCCUCCAAUCAUGGAAUUGACAUUUGCUUCUCUUCCUUUAGCCAUUUCAUAUGGUCCGAAAUUAUAUGCAGGGAGUGACGGAACAACAUCUUUUGAAUUAAAUGUAGCAACAAAGAACAAGCCAAUGUAUGGUGCUGGGAGAGCUAUGCAAGACAUGCUUGACAUGAGAAAAGGAUUGCCGCUAGCGAUCAAUGUGAGAUUGAGAUCAAGUUUUUGGGUAGUUUGGGGACUCAUAAAACCUAAAUUUCAUCAUGAAGCGAAGUGUUUAUUAGUCAUCCAAAGAGCAUACGAUAAAAAGCAUCGAACCCAAGCAUAUAAUAGUAGCUGCAUCAUAACAACUUAAAUGUCCAAUGAGUGAUUGCAGGUAUUCAUAAUUUCUUAUGUGAAGUGGAUGUAAAAUGUCCUACCUACAUUGUAGGGUAGAAGGAUUAAAAUUCUUCCUUGUUUGCUGGUGCUUAUAUAUUAAAAGAAAGUUGAUCAAGUGGGUUGGGUUAGCUAUACAAGGAUGUGAAAAAAAAAAAAAAAAGUGAUGAAUUUGAAGUUUGUGAAGAAAUGGAAAUCUUUAUAUUACAGCUCAAGUCAGCUCUAUGGAUGAUAGCUUUGUGAUGUAACAACAAAGUUCAGUUUUUGGAUGAUAUUCUUGACAUAA